GAUUGGCUAAAUAGUUUGAGCUCGAAAGGAUUUCUCCAAUGAGACACACAGCAUGUAGCACGCGCGUUUCAGGAGCCCGGAAGUUAUUUUCCGGAUUGCGGUUGGGGAAAGUAAUCCCUCUCACUGGGUGAUACAGAUUGACAUUACUCAAUGCAUGGAGAUAUUAAUAUAAACAUCAGUGAUCGUGGAAUGAGAAUCCAUACAUUACGGGCGCUGUGGUAUACAUUGUGUCCUUUACCUCAACCAAAAAUAUUAUACAUAUGUUGAAAGAUGGAGUCUAACCAGCACAAUGAUCUGGAGCCCAGUAAGGAUGACCUGCCUUUGAGAGCGAACACAAAUCAUAUCCUGGUCAGACACUAUGUGCUGGACCUCAGUGUUGAUUUUCAGACAGAGGUCAUUGGAGGCAGUAUUGUCCUGUUUCUAGAGCCUUGUAAAAGAGCUGACAGGACAGAGGAUUUCGACUCCGCAUCUCCAUUCCAGAAAGGUGCUCGUAACUCUGAUGUUCAUGAGAGUAAAAAAGCCAAAGAGAUUACUGUUACUCACGGACCUAAAAUCAUGGUUUUACAAGGAAACAAAAACGUGCCAUGGGAAGAUGAGAGUAAAGACUUCACCUUGAUUUUAGACUGUUGUGACCUGUCAGUGUCCAAGGUGGAAGAAGUGGAUGUGUGUACUGUAUCUCAGCUCAGGAAACUUCUUAAGGUUGAUCAUGUGGCUACAGAUUCCUCUCAGGAUUCCUUUGGUUUAGUGCAGAGGCUCAUCUCUAUUCCUUCAGCCAGAUGGAGACAGCAACAGGAUCUGUAUUUGCAGUGUAGCCGUGCCCAGGCUGCCAGUCAAACUGAGCCUUUACUGUUUCACACGGACCAGUGGAGUCUUCAAAUCAGGAAGAAGGGCGUUUGUUCCCCUCAUGCCUUCCCUCGCACACUCAGGAUCUGGUUUGAAACAAAGCCUACAGGAGGCUCUGUGAGGUGGACCAAGGACCAGGAUGGCAGAUGCUGUGUUUACACCAUGGGCUCACCAAUCAAUAACAGAGCUCUCUUCCCCUGCCAAGAACCACCUGUUGCAAUGUCGACAUGGCGAGCCCGUGUGAAAGCCCCGUGUGAAUAUACGGUUCUGAUGAGUGGUGAGAAUCAGGAUGUUCCUCUACCUGAUGAGACAGGUUUUUUACACUGGGAUUAUUACGUUACUAUGCCGAUGCCUGCCUCGACUUUUACUAUUGCAGUUGGUAAAUGGCAGGAAGUCAAAUCUUUGCUCUGCAACUCUGAAGAGGGGAAAAGUGAGGUGCCUUGUACAAAAUCAGACCACAGAAACUUUGAUUAUCCAGGAAGGUGGCCUGAGAACCAAAGCAACAAAAAGCAAAGCCCUCAUAACAAGGAGGAAGAUUCGAAAACGGAUGAGGAAACUUUUUGCGCUCACGUGGAUUAUCCAUGCCGUUUCACGCACAAAGCUUCUGUUACUCAGGUGGUCAUACCGCACAGAGUUUUUGCCCCGUCCUGUCAUCUGAACAAGGCUGAAUCCAUACUCCUGCCUCUCUUGCCCUUCUGUUUGGCUGCUGCUCACUCUGUAUUAGGCACCCACCCGUUCUCCCGCCUGGAUGUGCUCAUUGUACCUUCAGGGUUCUCCAGUCUGGGCAUGGCCAGCCCGCAUAUCAUCUUCCUUUCCCAGAGUGUGUUAGCGGGUGACAGAAUCCUGUGCGGGACGAGGCUGUGCCAUGAGAUUGCCCACUCCUGGUUUGGUUUAGCCAUCGGGGCACGAGACUGGACAGAGGAGUGGAUCAGCGAGGGGUUUGCUACAUACCUAGAAGACGUGUUCUGGGCCAAAAUCCAGCAGUCUAAAAUGGGCACCGCUGAGAACGAGGAGCAGAAGCAGCUGAAGGCUCUGCUGCAUUGGAGAAGACUGAAGGACGAGUUAGAGAACUCUGAGGAGGAGCUGCAGGUCCUCAGGCCUAAUAAGGAUACUACAGGAGAGGUCAGUGAGUCUGGAGCCUCCAUUGUGAAGCAUGCCCUUAACCCAGGAAAACCAUUCAUGCAAGUGCACUACCUCAAAGGUUACUUUCUCCUGAUGUUCCUGGCUGCUCAAGUGGGUGAAGAUGAGUUCUUAGACUUUUUGAGACUUUUUGUGAGAAGGUUUCAUGGGCAGCUUAUUCUAUCUCAGGACUUCCUGCAGAUGUUUCUGGACACAUUCCCAGCCUUGCAAAGGCAAGGCCUCACUCUCGAAUGUGUUUACUCGAACUGGCUGGAUACACCUGGAGUUCCGAAGUGGCUGGGAGAAGCCAGCUCGACGUGGUCACACUCUCCGCCAGUCACACAAGUCACACAGGAGGUUGUAAAAUGGAUGCACCUCAGUUGUGGCGCUCGAAAGGGCACCAAGCGGAAGAGAGCCAGGCCCAAGGUGAUCUUCAAAGAGUUGAAUCGGUGGCAGUUGGUCCUGCUGUUAGAAUUCCUGCUAGAAGAGAAUGAGCUGAGUGCAUCCUGUCUCAGCCUGCUACAAACAACAUACAAACUGCGGAACCAGGAUGCUGAGGUGAAACAUCGCUGGUGUGAGCUGGUAAUCAAGCAUAAAUAUGCAUCUGCCUAUAGAGAUGUUGAAGAUUUCCUCUUUCACAACCAGGCGAUGGGGGUUUAUCUGUACGGCGAGCUGAUGGUGCAGGAAGAUGGACGUCAGCAAGCUUUAGCACGACGCUGCCUGUCAGGCAUCAGAGACGAUAUGGACCAAUCAGCACGCAAGAUUGUGGAAGAAAUGAUCCUCUAAUUCAGGAAGGGAGCAGGACCCGACGCAGGCGUUGUUCUUCAGGCUCGGAGCGUGGAAACAGCAGAGGGAUCUCCACCGCAGCACACAGCAGCAUGGCACAGUACUAAUAACCAUCUGAUUUAUAUACACAGGGCAGCCACAUGUAUCAUUGUUGAACUAUUGAUGAUAUAUUUUUAUAAAUGAACGUUGUGUCAUUCUGCCCUACUGGAGAAAUUCCCUUAGGUGGCAGCGGCCGCGGAAACGAAUGCAUGGUUACCGUUUGUGUAACAAACAUGGCAAGCCGCCUUAUAUUUUCAUGCAAAACAUGUUACCUCAGCAUUGGUAUUCCAGUUAGGACUAUUUGGAAACAGUGAAAGGUCAGUUUCUGGUAUUUAAUGCUGCUUGGUCACUGGAGGCUAGAGCUAGCGCGCUGUAUAGAUUUUAUUGGUGUCAUUUAAGCGCAAUAUCAACUACACAAUGAAAGAAAAUUCUGCAUAAUAUUGCUUACUUGCUUUGUAACGUCCGACUGUGAUUCCAUUAUCAAAUAAUUUUUUUUAUAUAUUUGAAUUGUUUUUAUUGUUUCAAGGUUUUCUGAAAUAAAAUGAAAGAUUCUA